AUGUGGGACAUGAAGUCCACUCCAGUGCGUAGCUGGUUGAACGAGCACAUCCCAACCCCAUCCUUGGGUCGUGACAUUAGCAGUGAGCAACACUUAACCCAACCUAUACCCUUAGAAGAGAUUACUAUCCCAACUAUUGAUCAAGAGGAGGCACUAACAAGUGAUAUUGGUUCCACUUGGAUGACCCCGAUUUUUUAUUAUCUGGACAAUGGGGUAUUUCCUGAUGAUCCUCUUGAAGCAAAAAAGAUAGUGAAAAAGUCUUUUGGUUACAAUGUCCUAGAUGGAUGGCUUUACAGAAGGUCCUUUUUGCGACCAUGGUUGAAAUGCAUCACUCUUGAGGAAGGGAUGGCGAUCUUGAUUGAUAUUCAUAAAGGUCUGUGUGGUAGUCAUGAAGGUGCUCAGACCAUUGCUAAUAAGGUUCUUAGGCAAGGGUAUUUUUGGCCUUCAGCAAUGGAUGAUGCCAAGGAAUUGGUUCGGAAAUGCAAAAAAAGCCAGGAGUAUAACUUUAUCCCUCAAGCUUUAGUAGAAAAGUUAUCGGCCAUUAGGAGUCCAUGGCCAUUUUAUUAG